AAGGAAAUGAAAAAUUUUCUUCAUUCGAAUUGGAGCUCUCAAGCCAACAAGAUGGAAAAGUCCAACCUGUUCUUCAAGUCCGCUUCCCUGGCCCUGGUCCUGGUGGCAGUGUUCCAACUGGCCCCUGCAAGCCCUCUCCAUGAAGCCGAAGAACCAAUUACCGUUCCUUCCAUCCAGUUCCGAAGCAAAACCGAUCAAGAUCUUUGCGCGGCUUAUCAGCUGAAUGGGAAAAUGUUCAUCACCCUGAACCGCUGCUUGGGAUCUGAAGCGAGCCGAAUCAACCAACUGACCGAGCUGGACGUUGUUGGAAAGGGUCAACAGGCCAUCCAAGCUUUCGCUCUUCAACCUUCUGGAACUGACUCCAUGGGUGACCUGGCCGUUAUUAUGUAUACUGGAGCUGUCGAGGGCGGAGAUCAGCCGCAAGCAUCUAGUGCCGGACUGUUCGAAAAGUUCGGUCUACGCAGCUUGGUUCGCAUUGGACGUCGGGGUCGCCAGGAUGAAGCCGGAGCAGCGACAGAAAACGCCACCGAUAGUGCCCCGUUCAACGGUAGGAACGCCCAGCUGAUUGGAGCCGCAUUAACCUUUGUGGGAUCCGUUUUGCUGAUGCAGUAGGAUGAUGUGUGAUGUGUUUUAUUUUUGGUAUUAAUAAAAACGAUUGUGUAAUUAUUGAAA